AACAGAGAGAGGAGCAAAGUGGAGAAGGUGCAAAUAAACGAGCAACUUGGUUCUCGGGAGCAGUCUGGCUCCCUCCAAAUUAUCGUAUUGUAUUUACGUCAAUUUACGUUCGAUCUGACGGAUCGCUCAACUGACGUCGUCGCGUCCGUCACCGUCUGCGAAAAUUUAUUGUCGAAUAGGACCAAGAUGCCAAUACCCAAAAAGAGUAAAGAAGAUGCAAACAAGGAAGCCUAUAGUAUAGAUGCCUCACAGGAAGCCAAAUCCUUCUUAGAGAAAAUCAUGGGUGAUGUGAGCAAAUCUUCAGCGACCAAACAGAUCAUCAUUGGUACCACAUCAGGAUGGGUAACUGGAUUCGUCACCAUGAAGAUUGGAAAGGUGGCAGCCUGUGCAGUCGGCGGUGGAAUCAUCAUGCUGCAAAUAGCUGCACAUCAGGGUUACAUAAAAAUUAAUUGGGACAAGAUUAUGAGUAAAGCCGAGAAAAUAACAGAUAAGGUGGAAGAAAAGAUUACCGGUGAAGGACCAAAUUUCAUGGAUAAGGCCGAGAGAUUCGUCGAUAGAAAGCUGGAUAAAGCCGAGCGAUUGCUGAAACAAGGGAAAACCUGUACGCGGCGCUGGUACCACAUGUUGACCGGCGGCGACAAUAGCUUCCAGCCAACGGAAUUCCAUUUCUUUCUAGUCUCAUACGUGGCGGGAGUCGCAAUCGGUAUCGCCACUGCUAACUAGGUAAUAAGUUGCUGCACUCUGAACGCAACCAAAAGGAAGAUUGACAUCCACAUCGCGUCAAAAGACAGCUGCUCCACUGCUAUUGACGCACAUGACAAUGUCGUCGACGAGUAUAACAAUACAAUCAUGGACGAGGUAAGAAACAAGAUCAACGUGUUGAAGAAAUGGGUCGCGCGAAGUACGCUUAAUAAUCCUAGAUAAAUAGCUUUAUUUUUUAGUUUAUCAUUGUUGUUAGCGAUGAGUAAAAUUUAUUCAUGCAUUA